AAAUUAAGAGACCUUCGCUAUGAUCUUCAGUCGAUCAGCAAUGGAGUUACAAGAUUUCAUCCUGAUAGUGGCAUGUUCUUUAGGCUUCAUCUCUCUCUGCAAAACCUUCAUCCGAUUUCUGAAAUGGGUCUGGGUUUCGUUCUUCAGUCCUGCAAAGAAUCUCAACGAGUAUGGCUCUUGGGCUCUCGUAACUGGCUCCACCGAUGGAAUCGGCAAAGCCCUUGCCUUGGAGUUAGCUUCAAAGGGCAUUAACCUAGUCUUAGUUGGUCGCAACCCUUCGAAACUCGAAGCUACGUCGAAUGAAAUACGAGAAAGGUUUGCAAGAAAAGUAGACGUGAAAGAUAUUGUUAUAGACUUGGCAAAAUUCAGCGUGGAAGAGAUAUCAAACAUGGUGGAGGAAGGGAUUAAAGGAUUAGAUGUUGGAAUUUUGAUAAAUAAUGCUGGGAUGGGACCUGAUCCUUAUCCGAUGUUUAUUCAUGAGGUUGAGUCUGAGGUUUUGGAGAGCUUAAUGAGGGUGAAUAUGGAUGCUGCAACUUGGGUGACGAGAGCUGUGCUUCCGGGCAUGCUGCAGAAGAAGAAAGGAGCCAUUGUCAACUUGGUUCUGGCUCCUCCAUGGUAUCUGGCAAUGUUCUCGAGAUGCAUCGGUUUGGAAUACGAGGAACACGGAAUAGAUGUUCAAUGCCAGGAAGCAGUAUAUAUUCCAAAACAACGGAAAGGAGAGAAGAAGGGACUGAAGAAGAAGAGAAGGAAGGAAAUGAAAGCAAUCAGACUGUCUCUGGGGCUGCUGCUUUCGGUACAAGGCGAUAAAAUAGGAUUUGGUCGUCUCUGUGUCUUCCUAGCUGUCUGCUUUGGGCACAAGGCGACGAAUAUCUUCAGAAAAGACUUUGGCUAG